AUGUCAUCCUUUGUUGCCCUUAAUAUCGAGCCAGAUGACUACAGCGAGGAGGAAGUUGAUGACACUAAGGAAAUCCAAAUCGAAGAAGCUUUAAAGCUCUACCAUAAUGCCUUGAAGCUUCAUUCUCAAGGCCCCCGAUUCUAUGACCAAGCUUCGGAGGCGUACGAUGCACUUUUUAGGUCAGAAAUAUUCAACUAUCCGGAGUCAAUCUCGGAGUACAAGAGGAGCCAGCUUGAAGACCCCGAGCCCCAGUAUGUCAGCUACUCUAAGGAGCCAGCAGCGGGACCUGCUGCUCUAGAUGCUAGUGACACUGUUUCUAGUGCUCUACCCCAGACGAUUUAUUUGUCCCACAGAAACCGAGGCCAGUUUACGCUGGAUAACCUGAGAUGGCUACUACGUUCAAAGAAAGGAAAAGCUGAUGACAGCAAUGCGACCUCCGUUGAUGUGUCAGCCGCUGCUGCUUCAGCCAUCACGUCAUUCGCUGAAGCCCUGGAAAGAGAUGAUUCUGAUCUGGAACUGUGGAGGAAAAGUGCCAGGAUUGGGGAUGCUCUUCAGAGUCAUCGCCUUGCCAGGUUUUGUCUAGAGAGUGUGUUGGAAGGCGAUGAUGACGGGUUAGACGACGGAUUCGAGCAGUUAGGCCUGGAACAAGCUUUUGCGGGCGAAGAUCUCCGUCAGGUACUUGAGGUCCUAAGUGAUAGGUUGUCUAUGUCGCAACGCCCACUCAAGCGACCAAGAAAAGCUAUCCUUCGCCUGCUACAAAAACAUAUUGACCCUUUUCCGUUCCUUCCAAAGCGGCUGGACCCUUCGAGUGCGUCUCAAAGCCUUCUUGGAGUUCAACCUCGUCGUUAUGUGAUCACACCUACGUCUGCAACCUGGACUGCAGUAGGUGGGUCUAUUUUACAAACUUUGCUAGAUGAACAAAAGGACGAUAGUCUUUAUGGUCCGGGAGCUGCAAUAGGAAUUACGUUGCAGGACAGCUGCGAGGCCAUUACGAUUUCACAUUCUGCCCUUCCUAUUAUUCAGAAGUCUGAGAAGGACGGGCGUGAGAGCGGAACCGACCAAAAUCGGGAUCUCGAAUUGCCUGAUCCGGAGUCCCAGCAUGCUCCCAAUUUACCUAAAGAGGGGGCUAUUCUAUUAAAGCCUUCAGUCGCCGAUAAUUCCCGCGCUAGCGCACGUUACUCCCACCCGCUUAAUGGCGAUGCUGUGGAACCCAACCUACCUCUUGAACAGCCUCACGAUAUUUGCAAUGACAGCGUCCAUGAAAGAACCGACGAGAAGACGAAACAGAAAACGCCCCAGGCAGCCCAUGAUGAAGUCGAUCAGCAAGCACCUGCAGCACAAUCUCGAAAACGAUCUUCUGCAUCUAUCGGAAAUGACGAGCAACAAGAUGGUGGACGAGCAAAAAGUCGUCGUAUUCGUGCUCGCGAAUCAAAUGCUGAAGUUCUCGUGCAACCGGGUGUUGUGCCAUUUGAUGAAGCUAAAUAUUAUGAAGACCGCCUGGAAGAGUUUGCACAUGCUGACCAAUGGAUGUUUGGAGUUGUGGGUGCGCUGCUAUCCAAGUUUGGUGUUGAAGACCUGGGUACGAUUGACGAAUUGAAGAAAUCACUCGGUUCUGAUGACGAAAACAAGCGCCCUGAUGGCAAUACCGAGAAGUGCCCCGCCCAAUGCGUGCUUUACAAGGACCUUCGAAAAGCUAUUGAAGAAUGGGAUGAUGACAAAGCCCAAGUCUUGUUACAUGCAGAUAUUUCUUUACCAACUCAAGAGAGCGGAAAAGGUUCGAAAAGUUUGGGUUUAAGUAAGUUUCUUGAGAAUUCACUGCAAAAUAACCGAAAACCCGACAGAGAAGUCACUCUCGUAGAAGACGAUGGACUGUUACCAUUCUUGGAGUAUAUUAACAGCGGAUGGUUCAGCCCUCGUGAGGCAGCAUUUCUUUGGUUGGAACAACAUCUUAAGCCUAAUUCCCACUAUCAAUUGCCAUCGGCCCCGAAGAGCCGGUUGAUGGGGAGUUCCACAUAUAUGAACAGGCUUUGGUCAAAGGAGAUGAAAGAAACCGUCAUGCAAAUCCUUACCGAUGACGAUGAAUUUAUUUAUUUGAAGCUUAACAAUUUCGCUAUUGCUUGGGAACAAACUUUAUUGGCCUCCAGUUCAACAAGAACCAUUCUUUCCUCCCAAAUUUUUGUCUGCGCGGAGAUUACGCAAAGCAUUUACGAACUCCAUCUUGAUAUAUACGCAGCAAUGAACAGUCUUGAGGGUAACACUGACCCUGACCGAAAGAUCUUAGAGCUAGAUCGGCUGAAUAGAUGGAGUGUACUUGCCCGUACCUUUAUCAAUUAUCACCUUGAUGAACGUGAGGAGGAUGAUGCUCAAAUUACGAUUGCGCUUCGCCAUCUAUGGGCGUUUACUUUCCAAUUCAAUUUGACAGAAGAGGUACCACGAGAAUAUGUCUUCCGUUGUCUCCAGGACUUGAGGCGUGUUCUGGGCUUGAUUGGAAGUCCAUCGAUACCAAUACUGAACAAUGCGACAAUUUCUGAAAUAUCCGUUUCCGCGAUCGAUCAGGAAAUAUCAAGACUCAACUCAAUGGAUUUCUUUGCGGAUAUUUUUGGCUCCGGUUCCGACGAUCCUGUCCAUCUCAUAGAAAGUAUCGAACCCAUACUAGACCCAUCAUCGGUGGGAUUUAUCCAUGCAUCGUUGCCUCCAAACGAACUCGAGGCUCCUGGGAGUAACUCCAAGGAACUCGUUAAUGCUACUUCACUGUCGGUUAUCCGGGACAUGAUCUCAGUUUUGGACCGGGGUGAUGCAAACUUAAGGCUUUUCCUCUGGUCAAAGCUAAAGAGGGCUUAUGAGUCUAUUCAAUAUUCUCCAAAGGUCGUUUCUUGUUACCUUCGGAGUAUUGAAGUAGCAGUGGGGGAGCUUCAAAGGCCUACGUACUUGGAAGCAUCCAGCAACCGUCGGCAACUUUCACUUUUGAAGUGGAUCAAGACCAUUGAUGAUUUGCUGAGUAAGGUGGUUGGAAAGGUGAUAGACGAGCCCGAAAUCUCAUUCGAAUGCUUUGACAUGGCUCAUUUGCAGUCUUCAAUGUCUGCUGUGGCUAGGAUAUCUAGACUGCUUCACUCUUUUGCUCUAUUCGAAGACUCACUUCGUGUUGGUCAGAUAUCUCUUCCAGAUAUACGUCCAGCAUCGACUGCAAAAACUCUGGAGCAGCUCAAGGAAAAACUUCGGGGCAUGCAAAUCAAGGCGUGGGUUUUGCAAUAUGCGUUGCUCAGAGAAAGUAUGGCACAGAAUAAGGAGUUAUUUGACGCGCCAAAUGACGAUCGUAUCCACUACUUACGCUCCGUUCAUAACGCUCUUGGAAUCCGUUCGAUAUGCAAAUGCUCUAACAAAUUGCUGUUGAAGCUUAUGAAGAAAGAGCUGUUGACUCUCUCAACUGAAGAUAGCUACGAAUUUGACGUUUCACAACUCCUAUUCGACUUGUACGGACUAAAGUUUUUGAAUAUCGACGAAAUCGCAGAUCACGGAUGCCCUAUUCAGAGAUUGGAUCGUGCCACUGCUAUCAUGAUGGUAGAUUUUGUCAUGACCCAAGCCAACAGAAUGAAUAUCAAAGAUGUACCCAAAUCAGAACUGAAGUUGACGAUAGACACCAUGCAAAUGGCUAUUGGUUGGGCUACCAAGUUCUCCGCCUCGUUAACUUUCAAUAAACGCGUUUUAUCUGCCUUCUUGAAAUCACCGAUUAACCCGUCAGACCUCUUUCGUGCAGUGCAAGGAAUCGGUGAGGUAUCAAUGGUCCCCAUUCAGACAGAGAGCCUUGAGCUUGCAGAUAAGGGAUGGUACUUUUUACUCGGUUCUAUAGCGUUGUCGAAAUUUCGAUCGCAAAAAAGGAUAACUUCAAUUCCAACGGAUGAUUUAGAUCUUGCAGCCUCAUUUUUUAGGCAAGAGCUGGAGCAUGGUACAGGGAAAUGGAAGACAUGGUACCGCCUUGCUCAAGUAUACGAUCUCAAGCUCGAGGAGGAUAUGGCAUGGUCUGCGGACAAACUCAACAACAAUCGAUCAGAUCUGGCAACUUUGCAGCGGAGAUCGAUCCACUGCUUCGCUAUGGCGAUUGCAGCCGCUAUACGGACAGCAGAUUUGUCACCUGAAACAAAAAAAGAAAUAUCUGACCUAUAUACCGAAUUUGGAUUCCGGAUGUAUGCAUCAGCAACGGAACCCUUGUCCAUGGAAGCCUUUAGUUUAACGGAGUUUACACGGCACUAUAGCAGUGGCGAAAACCAACAAAUGUAUAAGGCAAAGCCUUUCCAAGAAAUGAAGCGAUAUACCGCAUGGAACUUUGCAAGUUUCCUUUUCCGACGGGCAACAGUUGAUCGGCCAAAUUAUUGGAAGAACUAUUACAUGCUCGGCAAAUGUCUCUGGAAAAUGUUCAACUGCGACGAUGCCAUGAGGAGAAACAGUUCUCCAGUCGAAGUUGACGAUAUACUUGACUCAUUGGCUGACGCUAUCAAGGCCCUACCAUCAAAGAAGGAUAGCCGUUCAGACCCAAUACUUGAACCUCACUUCAAGCUCGUGUCAAUUGUUCACAAGCUUGUUCAUAAGGGAUUCUUAAAGCCUGAGGAGGCAAAGGAACGGCUUCUUGCCACACCAUAUGCACGGAAAGUGACCUUGAACGACGGCGAUUGGAAGAGUUAUAUCCUCGAGGUGUUGAAAAAUCUCAAACAUGCAGAUAAAUCAAACUGGCAUCAUCGUAUAAUUUUACGGGCCGCACACGUUAUUUAUGACGAUUUAAAAGACGACGAAUCAGCCAUGGCGGCAAAAGCAGAAGUUUCGCAACAGAUUUUCACCAAAACAAUGACGCUCCAAGUCUGGAGGCCCGAAAACGAACGUGCAGGAAGACAUUUCGUUUACACAACUCGAUAUGUUUACUUCUUUGUCGGUCUUUUAAACCAACUGAACGACCGAGCAAACUUAGAUAGCCUCAUUCGGCGGGUGCGGAGAAAGCCAAAUGACUAUGUCAACCACACUAAACUCUGGGAGGAUAUGUGUUUUACUUACAUCAAGCUUUUCCGCCGCGUCGGCGAGAUUCCCGAAGGCUACGAAGACACGGUUUUCAAACCAGUCAGUCACGAUGACUUCGUCAUAUAUUGUGCACGCCUAGAAGAUUGGUGUCAGAACCAUGCAGCGGAAACACCCCUUGUAGACCUGCUCAAGGAUGCCGUCGAGCUAAAAAAACUAAAUAACGGUCUCAUGAAGCCUGUUAUUUUCGAGGACCUGGUCGCAGACACCUACGCAGUUCUCUAUCAGAGCAACAUAUCCAAGUUCAUCGAGCAAGUAACCGAGGAAGAAAGCCGGGAACGCAUGAAGGUAGACCAUCUCCUUAUGGCCAACGAUGGACCAGAGGGUACUCGAACACCCGCCGGACAUUCCACUCCUGGGCAACCUGGCCCUAAGCCACGGUUCAAGGGAGUAUCACGUAAGGAGCUGCAGCGCAAAGCUGAAGCAAUCGCCACCAGAGCUUUAGCCACAAAACCAACACCGAAACCUGUAGUGCGCCCAAUGGACGAAGAACUCCCGGCUACCAGGCCAUCAGUAGCCAUUGAAGUUGCGAUGCCGUUAAUCACCAUCAAAAAUUCUAUUAGAGAAGAAGCGUCAGGUGCCCAGAGCAGUGUUCCGGGUAGUGUGCAUGAUAGUGCCGACGAUGAAAGUGAACUUAGCGAAAUCGAUGAAGAGAAGGUGUCAGAACUGGCCGAAGUAUCGACGUUGGUAGAAACAACGAUGCCAAAAUCGUCCACAGAACCUAUAUUUCCAAACCAUCUGGUAAAGAGAAUCAUGUCUCCGAAACCCGGAUCACCUGACCCGUCGACGAAUGUCAGCAUCGCUGAUGGUGCGGAGGUGGAGUCGGCUCCUACUGUUUCGGUUCAGGAUACGAAAUCUGAACCUACAGAGGCUAGGCAGUCGGAUGUGGAUAUGGAGGGAAAUGCUUGA